AUGAGAGGCUUGUGGCAUGGAAGCAAAAUCAACAUAAGUUUAGCACCAAAGAGGAAAAUAUGGCUUCCUAAGGAGAAAGGGGAGUGUUUAAGCUUGUUAGAUGUGGAAGUAGUCUGCCAGAAGAAGAAAAUGGAGAAAGAGAGUGAAUAG